UCCAAGAUGGCGGCGAUGUUAGCAGCGAGGAGAGGCUAGUGGGGAAGCGGAGGGGAGGUACUCUGACCCGGUUAAGGGGAGGGAGCGAGAGGAGGAGCAGUCGGAGCUGCAGCUGUGGGUGGUGAGGGAGGGUCACCGAACAGGUGGGAAGGGGGGUGGGGGGCUGGAUGAUGGCGGAGCCGCGCCGGGUGCCGUUCAUUAGUCUGUCACCCGUGAGGCGACGUGAAGGCGACACUCCGGUGCGAGAGCGAGAGCCUGGAGGAGGUCGUGAGGCGGAGCAGCCAUUGGUGCGGGAGGCCCUGAAACUGCCAGAACAGCAGCAGCAGCACCGCCACCACGAUAGUGGCCGAGCAGAGCCGCCACCGCAGCCUUUCGAGUCCUGCCCUCGGCCGGAAUCUCAGUCGGUGCCACUGCCGUGUGAGAUCAUCCGGCCUGAGCAGACGCCGAAGUCGCUGCUGCCACCUCAGCGAGAGCCCCCAUGGCCGGAACCGCCACCUCCGCCUCACCAGCCUUUGCAGCGCGAAAGCAACCGGCAGGAGUCGCCGCCUCCACCCCCGCCGCGUCAGACGGUUCGCCUGGAGUUGGUGCUGAAGGACCCAACCGAGGAGAGCUGUGUGGAGUUCAGCUAUCCCGACUUGCUGUUGUGUGGCGAGCCCCGGAAAAAGUCUGCUCCCGCUGAAGACCCAUUUAAUGAUGAAGAGCGUGAGAGGCAUGAAGUGGAAAUGUUGGCUAAGAAAUUUGAAACAAAAUAUGGUGGCAAGACCCACAAGCAUCGGAAGGACCGUGUCCAGGAUCUGAUAGACAUUGGCUAUGGCUAUGAUGAAACUGAUCCUUUCAUUGAUAAUUCAGAAGCUUAUGAUGAAUUGGUUCCUGCAUCCUUGACUACAAAAUAUGGAGGCUUCUACAUUAACACUGGAACUCUACAGUUCCGCCAAGCAUCUGACUCUGAAGAGGAAGACUUUACAGGAGGCAAAAAGCAUAGACCAUCUAAAGUAGCUAAACUGAAAGAUGGUGAGGAUCGUGGCAUGAAGAAACGCAAACGGAAAGAGGAAGAGGCAGAAAAGGAGAAAAAGCCUCGGAAAAUGAAAGUUUCUAAACAGCUGGGUGUAAUGGCCUUAAAUUCACACAAAUCUGAAAAGAAAAAGAAAAAGCUAUACAAGGACUCCUUUUCACUGGCUGCUAUGAUCCGGAAAUUUCAGAAGGAGAAAGAAGCUGUUAAGAAGAAAGAAGCUAACUUGAGUCCCACAGUGGCAGCUACUGGUUCUACACCUAAUAAACUCCCUGCUGCCCCUGCUGGUGGAAAUGAUGUGUCUGACUUGAACCUCAGCAUCUCAGAUCCAGUCCUUUCCAUUUUUGGCAGCACAAAUGAACGUGAGCUCCUACAGGAAGCCGAAAGUGCCCUGGAGAUGCUGGGAGACAUUGACUUUGAUAGGCUGCUUGAUGGCACGUCUAAUGGCAGCCCAGUAUCAGAACGAUCCGGGGAGAAUGGAAGUGUCACUCAGCCCUCCCAUACCUCUGAGGUCCUGACACUGAAACAGGUGCCUGCUCUCCCAGAAGGUCUGCCAGCACAUCUGGAAAAGCGUAUUGAAGACCUUAGAGUUGCUGCCAAGCUCUUUGAUGAAGAAGGCAGAAAAAAAUUCUUCACACAGGACAUGAAUAAUAUCUUGCUCGAUAUUGAGUUGCAGUUACAGGAAUUGAGUCCUGCCAUCCGCAAUGGAGUGUACUCUCACCUCGAGGCUUUUGUGCCAUGCAAUAAGGACACGCUGAUAAAGCGUUUGAAGAAACUGCACCUCAAUGUCCAGGAUGACCGUUUGAAGGAACCAUUGCAAAAAUUGAAAUUGGCUGUCAGCUGUGUCAUGCCUGAACAAUUACUCAAAUAUCAGGAGGACUGCCAGGCACGCAGUCAGGCCAAGAAUGCCAAAAUGCAAGCAGAAGAUGAGCGAGACAAGAAUGGCUCUGAGGAGGAGGACGAUGAGAAGCCAGGAAAGAGGAUUGCAGGACCAAGAAAGAAAUUUCACUGGGAUGAGACAGUGAGGGCUUUGCUGUGUAACCUUGUCAAGAUUAAACUGGGAUGUUAUGAGCUAGAGCCAAAUAAAAGCCAGUCUGCUGAAGAUUACCUCAAGACUUUUAUGGAGACAGAGGUGAAGCCACUUUGGCCAAAGGGCUGGAUGCAAGCUAGAAUGCUCUUUAAAGAAAGUCGAAGUGUUCAUAGUCACCUUACAUCAGCUCCGGCAAAGAAGAAGGUGAUUCUGGCACCUAAACCCAAAGUGAAGGACUCUAGUCCAAAGAAGGAGCAGAGAGUCUGUACUCCCUUUACUUCAACUUGUGUUCCUGCUUCAAGUACCAGCAUACCUAUUAGUGCUCUGGCCAAUUCUAGUUGUAUCCCAGCUCCAGAGACAAUCUGCCUGGAUGACUCACUGGAUGAAGAUCUUUCCUUCAAUCCACCUUCAUUGGAUUCUAUUUCUGAUGCUCUGGCUGUUAUUAAUAAUGGGGCCAAGAGUUCGCCUGUUGGACCCUCUGCAGAGACACCAACUUCAAGACCUCGGCCUGGGUUGAGAGAAGAGAAGUUAGCAAGUAUAAUGAGCAAGUUACCUCUAUCGUCUUCAAAAAAGGUAGAGACUGGUCAAACACCACAUUCAUCAAGUCUUAUAGCUGGGCACUCAGGUCCAGUACCAAAGAAAUCCCAGGAUAUGCUUCAGACUGGUAUCUCUUCAGGCCUUAUUGCUGGAUCUUCAAUUCAAAACCCCAAGGUUUCCUUGGAGCCCUUGCCAGCUAAGCUUCUGCAACAAGGAUUACAGAGGUCAAGCCAAAUUCAAGCUGCUUCCUCUUCACAGACCCAUAUUUCUUCCUCUUGUAAGGUCCAAACCACAGCUUCUUCUGCUUCACAGAGGCCAAAGGAUACGACUGUCCUUGUAACCUCUUCAGAAGCCCAAAGUUGUGGCUCUUCAACGUUACAAGUGACAAAGGUUCACCAGCAAUCAGCUGCCCAACAAAAAUAUGUUUCUCCGCUACAAGCAACUAUUAGUAAAUCUCAGACCAACCCUGUGGUAAAACUAAGUAGCAGUCCCAAACUCUCCUGUUCUUCCCCAGUUACCAAGACUUCAGAUAAACCAGUAGUAUACCGCCUUCCUUUGUCUAACACCACCUCUGGGAGUAGUUCCCAAAUGGCUCACCCACUUGCGUCUCGGACAACAUCCGGCACCUCUACCUCUAGUAACUAUUUAGCCAAGGCCAUGGUAUCACAAGUUUCUGCCCAGGGUUUCAAGCCUCCUUUCUCCAUGGCUCCCUCCCCAAAACCUGCUGCUUCUCCUAAGCCCACAGCACCCAAGCCUUCUGUAGCACCCAAACCUACUGCAUCACCUAAACUGUCAUCUAAGUCCACCUCAACACCCAAGCCCACAUCAUCUCCCAGUUCUUCCAGUUCAAGUGCACUAGUAUCUCAGAAUAGUCACUCCAGCAGCAACAAUUCCCUUCAUAAACAGCCCAGUGGAGUAAGUGUCAGUAGGCAGUGUCCUACAAUUAAUUUACUGCCCUCUAAUCGCACCUCAGGCCUUCAACCAGCAAAGAACCCUCAGGCCCCUUCAAAACUAUCCAACUCCUCUGCCUCUGGAACUAUUGGCAAAAAUAACUUGAGUGGAGUUGGAAUGAAUGUACCUGUCAACAGGGGCAGCAACCUUAAUUCCAGUGGAACUAAUAGGACUAAUAUCUCUGGGGCAGCAGGAAGUGGAACACAGGGUGCUACUAAACAAUUGUCAACUCCACAUAGACCAUCUUCUGCCUCAGGGUCUACCGUUAUACCAGCCAGUGUACAGUGGCAGCCAGUGAUGUGGGGUGGGGAAACACACAUGAUGACAUCACAACACAGAUCAACAACAGGCGCAUCAUUACUGGCAAAUGCUUCACCUUUGACUCUCAUGACAUCACCCUUGUCUGUAACCAAUCAGAAUGUGACAUCUGCUCCAUUGGCUCCUUUUGGGAUGCUGGGUAGCCUUGUUCCAGUAACUGUGCCCUUUCAGUUUCCAUUGGAGCUACUCGGCUUUGGAACAGACACGGCUGGAGUGACAACCACCUCGGGAUCUACCUCAGCGGCUUUCCACCACAGCCUAGCUCAGAAUUUACUGAAGGGUUUACAGCCAGGAGCUCAGCAUGCAGCAGCCCUGUCUCACACACCUCUGCCUGCUCACUUGCAGCAAGCUUAUACAGAUGGAGGCCAAAGUAAAGGGGACACUAAGUUACAGAGGAAACCCCAGUGAUAUCCUGAUGAGCAGGGGGAGUUAAAGUGGUUCUGCUUUGCUGGUGGAGACUGACCAGUUGGGAAAGUGCUUACAUGGACACAGAGCUGCUGUUUCUGUCAAUGUUUACAUAUUCUGAUCCCAAGCACUGUGGUGAGAAGAAGAAAAAGAAAACAAUACUUGAUCCAAGAGAGAAGGAAAAGGAGGAAAGUGUUCUUGUAAAAGCGACACAUAGUUUGAUCUCUCCUAAAGAACUCCCAAAGCCUUUUAUCCUUUGAGUAGCUCAGAAAGGGUUGGCCAAAUAGGUUCAGUUGUCAAACCUACAGCAGCACAAACCUUCUUUCAGGCUGAUAUCUGAUAGAGGAUCUGUGAAAGGAAGCUAAAAUAGAUGUCUACAUCACGCAAGGGAGGCCAUCCAUCCUAUUGACAAGCUGGAGACCCAGUGACGUCUACAAUAUAUGCCAGUCGGGAACAUUCUGUAUAGGUUUGAAUAUUGUGAAGUGUAGAGCAAAAAUAGUUAUUUGUGUAGAAACAGAAAGGAAGAAAACGUUUUCUCCACACAAAGCCAAGGCCACUUGCCCACUAUUUCUCUUUGAAGACCCUGAAGAUUGCAAAGGUCUUAUUUUGAGGAUCUUUCACUAUAGUUAAUGCCAUUGACCAGAACAGGGCUUUUUAUGUCUCAGAUGUUCAAGAGGGGGAUGGGAAACAUUGGAAGGUGUUUUGUAACCUGUUUUAAAUCCCAUUUUUAAAAAUGGAACUAGAACCUCCCAUUUUACUUCAGAUAUUCAAUGAGCACUAAUUUGGCUUCAUCAGCCCAGAUCUUGCUUUCAAUAUCUUCUGAAGUUUUUUUCCCCUUUAGACUUACUGUACUACUUCAGAGUUGCCUUAUUUUUCAUAUAUUACUGUAGUCCAGUAAUUCCUAGUUUCUACCCUUUGUGAAGAUAGUCCUGUCUGUGGUUCUCCCUCUUCUGAUAGCUCUGAAAAGUUGCACACUGUAUGAAUUCCCAGCAAACAAAAACUAUGAGCAGCUUGCUUCUGUACAAGACCUUGCUUUUUUCAGUACUGUUCAAAGCUUUCUCCAAAGAGUGGUUGAGGUGCCUUCUGCCUAGGCUUAAAAUUCGUAUCUCCAGUUUUCCUAAAGAUCUUCAUAGCUGGGAGGUAUAAAACCUAACUCCACUGUUGCACAAUGAUACAACUUCUGGCUGACUUUAUUUUUGAUAGCAGUAUGUUAGAUGUUUGGGAAACAAAUUUAGGAAACUCUUGUAUUGCAGCUUAUAAUUAGUGCAGUAAGAAUAUUGGGUCAAAAUAUAAAGUGAGAUGAAAAAUCAAGAAGGCGUGACACAUUCUGAUGUAAAAUAUUUCAUGGUCUUCUAAUCUAGCAACCAGAGUCCCUAAUAGAAAGCCUUUUCUCUCAAUUAAAUCUCAUAUGACCAGAGAUAUUUUCAACUUUGAGUUAGAAUUGGCCAGUUUUUAACACCCCAGGUAAUAAAGACCAUCAUCCAACAAAGGUAUAUGCACAUGCAGGAGAGCUUGUAUAACUGGAGGUUUCUUUGAAACUUCAACUGCAUCCACUUGCACUGCUGAAUAGAGCAUUUCAAACUUAUAUACAGCUUGUCUGUUGAGCAGCAUGAGUAGCUACAAUAGAAAUUUCAGAGGAUUCUCUGGCUUUGUCUAGAAGUUCUACUUCAUAUAGCUUUAUUGCAUAUAGCUUUAUUGUCUAGUGACCAAGAUUAUACUUCUGCUGUCUUCUGCCAGAUAUUUUUUUAGUUAUCAGGUUUACAAAGGUGUGCUGUUUUUUCUGAGAAAGCCAGAUAGCUUAUCUUACUAAUUUAGAUUUUUCACUAAUUGUAUAUGUAAAAACAUGCAUAUAUUUAAAAAAUAUAUAAUAUAUACAUAGUAACUGAAUGUUGGGUUGAGCCCAUUAAUAAAGAACUUUGCACAAAAUUGUGAAUAACAGAUAAGCUCAAUUUAAAUCUUGAACUUUUACCUUUAUACAAGGUAAACAAAGGGCUUUUCAAAAACUUCCUUAAGUAGUUUGGUAGAGGAAAUUAUAAUGUUAAGUAGCCAUACUUUGUUGAAACAGUUUUUGGCUCAUAUAUUCUCCAAAGCCUUCGAUUCCCCAAAAUAUUAAUUGGUUUCUUUACUUUUCUUACUUGAUUUGCUUACCCUUGAGAUAAAGAUAAAACAUCUUUGUUCCCCACAAGCAUAUCUUCCAUGCAUAAACAAAGUCUUCAGUUCUCUGAGGGUUUGUUGCUACAUUGUUAGUUUCUCCCUUGUGGCAACAAAAAGUCUGUGUUGCAAAUUAAGUAUAUAUUUUUAAAUUGUGGAUAUGUUGAAAUUGCUAACUUUUACUCUGGCACAAAAUGAUAUAUAACAGAUAAGGCUUGAGACAGAGGAACAUGUUUGCAAUCUGUUUCAAGAAAUACCAUUAAACAUGAGGUUACAUCUGCUAACCAUACAAGGAAUUUGACACAUGGUGAGCCUUUCCAGGCUAUAUUAUGAAAACUACGUCUUUGAUAGAUAGUAUUCACUUUCCCCGUUCUGUUUGUUACUAGAGGGAACAGAAGAGGACAAGUGAAUAUUACCUACUUAAAUGAAGCAGGGAAGAGAAUAUUACCCAUUAGCAGUACUAAAGCAGCAAUCCAGGCUGUUUUGGGUCACUGCAGCAACCUUCUCCCUUUCCCAGUGACCCAGAAGUGGCAUGGAUCGGUGCUUUAGCACUGCUGUUUGAGACCCCUACCCUAACCACCCCAACACCCAAGCUAGCAUUAACAACAGAUGAAAAGUGCCACUGCAAGGGCAGAUGCAGGGGGUCUGGUGGGCCAUCAGAAAUGGCAUGUGGACUACUUUUUGCACUCCUGCUCUAGUAUAUGAUGGUAGAAAGUAUGGAUCGUCAAACCUUUUCAGGCAAGGUCUUAGCUUUUUCUUCCAGACAUUUUUCACUUCUAGAAAUAACAUGCUAAAGAGAAUUCGUAGUAGUCUUACUUCCUUUUAAGGUUUUCCAUAUUUUCAAAGCAAAUGUUUAGUUCUGGUGAAAGUUUAAGUUACUAGAGAAUGAAAACUAGCCCUACAGAAUAGAAUAGCAUAUGUUGCCUUCUAUCUGUCAUCCAACAUAUUGCAUGCAUAUUCUGGUAGUAUAUUAAAUUGAUUAAAGAGUUAAUGGGUCAGACAAUAUAGCAAUUCAGUUGGAGCUUUUUUGGCUAAAUAUCCAAACCGGAACAAUCUGGGCACAUGUCUAACUUUCUCAACCAACCAACUGGAUGUAUCUGGUCAUAUUGAGUUAAAAUAGUGAUAGAUACCAGGUGUUCCCGAUGUACUCUCUUAAAAAAAAAAAAGGAUGUUGAGACUGGAAUGAAUCUUAACAGUGAUUCCCAGUGGUGUUGUUUUAAAAUAAAGGGGCAUAGAGACAUGAGCUGGCUAUUCCAGAACUGAUGAAGAGGCUACUAAUGGUAUCAGCAGCAUUCCAGUACAAAGUUUAAUUUGGUGUAGUUCUUGCACACAAAGUCUUCAUUUAGGCCAUUUUUAAGAAUCUGACUUGUAUUAAAUGCCUAUGGGAAUUUGCUCUUGUAAUAAAUCCCCUCAGUAUUCACAAGCAAUAAGAGUCAAAGCUGUCAUUCUGGACAGCUGAGCUGAAUUGAUUGAGGACUUGGGAGUUAAAAUGGCAAGCUCACUCUGAGCCUCAAAUACAAGCAAUAAUUUUCAAAUACAGGUUUUGAAGCUGAAUAUCUUUUAAAUUAUGCCUUGUGCUAUGUGUAUUUAACCCUAUAGGGGCACAAUAGCAAUUACUAGGUUAUUUGGGAUGUCUGCAAAGUAUGGAGAAAGGCAUUGAACUACAAGAUGCAAAACUUCAGAUGUCUUAAUACAUGGCUCUCCCCUACCCCCAAGAUAAAAGUUAAUGGCUUAAAUCAUUCCAUUUUGCUCAGCCUUUUAUAUUGUAUUGUUUCUAGGAAGACUGAUGGGAAUGUUGAGUCAAAGUCCCAAGUGUGGGUGCUGUGGGUUUGACAUCUGUUUCCAUGAAAUUAGAAGUGAUUUUUUAUCCUUUAGGCUUGAGUGGGGCAGGCAACCAAGGUACGCUCCCUCCUGUUCUUAGCUGGCUAAUCCAACCUACAUAUAGCCUCCGCUUGAUCCAAAGCAGCUGAUGUAAAAGUAAAGAUUCUGCAAUUCCCAAGCUACCAUCAGUUAUAGUGAACCAUAACCAUCUGUCAGAAGAAUUUUUUAGGAACCCCAACUCUCUUAUCAUGUUUGCUGCUACAUUCAUGAAAAGAACUUUUGGCUAUAAGUCAAUUUAAAUCUAGUUUACAGAUUGGUUUUAGAGUUCUUUGCCCACAAGAUCAUUAGAGUGUCUUGGUUUCUUGGAGUGCAUUGGCAAAAGGUAUAGCGAUUCCUCUUAUUAUUAUUUUAUUUUUGGACUUUUCAGGAUAGUAUUGCAGGAAAAAAAGCAAAACCUGCAAUCAAGCUAAGCUUUGGAAGGUUUUCAUCCAUUUCUCUUCCUAUGUAGGAGGUCACUGUAGUCACUUGCUCUGUUUUCCAAAAAUGUUACACAGAGGUAAAUAUAGUAUAUGAACAACUGGUCAACCAAUGUUUUAUGCAAUUAUAAUUUUAUGGAAACCUUUAAAUGUUUUUAUAUAAUUUUGUUUUGUCUCUGAAUGGUGUUACCCCUCCAACUUACUUGAUUCAGGCCUUUGUCCUUUGGUUAAGUGCCUUUUCUUUUUGUUCCCUCCUUUUCCUACAAAGUAUACUCAGAGGUCCUAAAGUGCUAGGAGGUAUUUGGAAGAACCUUGAACCUGCCAAGAUGACUAUAUGGCUGUUAAAAUGACUUUUCCCUUCUGUAAUUAGUGUUCAAUGUGUGUAAUGUUAUAGCUGCUGUACCAUGACAUACAUUCUUAUGUGCUUGCUUUGACAUGCAGCAGUAUUCCCGAGAGUCCUAAUGUUCCAUCUGUUUUCUGUAGCAUUAAUGUUUACUUAUGAAGGUGAGCACUGAUACAGGUCAGAGUAUAUAGUAACUACAUGUUUUUGAGCAACAGUAAGGAAGUGGUUGAUGGGAAACCAACUGAGGCAUUCCCAUUGGAAUUUCAGGUUGCAAGUUAAUAUAGUGCCAGUCUGGUAAUGGUAUAAAUAUUGAAUUCAUUCAUUUAUUACAUUUCUAUCUCUGAAUAAUCGUGAGCUGGCAUUCUUAAAAGUUGAAGUAAUUCCCUACAAAAGAGAAUGUUCUUAGCAUGAAAUAGUUAGACCAGAACAUUUCCACAGGGUACAGAAAUUAAAUUUGAAUAAGUACAAUUAUUAUCAGACUAGCAAGCUAUUUCAGCUUUGGCAGCAAAAAAAAAAAAAAGAAGAAGCUUACUCUGCAGCUAAAACUGAAUCCUUUUCAUAUGGCUCUACCCGUGCCUGAUAGACCUGCUGCUUUGGAUCACUGUCUGGUGGUGAGAGUAGUAACUGAAUAUUCUAAAUUAAUCAGACUUGCAGUUCACCAAAUACAACGAGAUCUUUCUUGUGUUGCUCAGAAAUGUAUUUUUAAAUCUUUGUCAAAAUAAUCUUGCUAUAUGUAGCAUACUUGCUAAAUUAAAGAGUAGUGAAAUAGUUUCAUACAAAUGAUCACAGCAAGAUUUCACUUCAUGUCAAAAUUCCUUUUUUUCCCUUUUCUUUUUUUUUACAAACGUUACUGUGGUAAAUCAAUUAACUGGUGAGAAUUAGAAUGCAGCCUAGAAAUCAAAAUCAUGUAUUUUAAAUCUGGUUAUAUAUUUGUAAAACUUAAAUUUGGGUUUUUUAACAGUAUAUUAUUUAACAAGAUUCUAUUAUAUCCUAGAAACAAAUCUGUGUACUGUCUAAAAUCAACUCUGAAUGGAUGGUUGGGCACUCUGAAUAAGCUUAAAUAACCAUCACAUAGUAAUAGGUGAAGGUAGCUCAGGAUGUGUCUUCUAUAUAGAGAGUAGCAUUUUUUCUUAUUGUAGAGGAGACUGUCCUUCCUCCACUCAAGAAAGAUUUUGAAUACACUUAUUAGAAGGGAAGAUAUGGGUUGUCAUGCUGCUGCUUGUUGGAGUAUAUAGCUAUGGCUUAAAAUUGAGUUUUAAGGACUUGAAGCAAUUUGGAAAGAAUGAGCAUCUCCUUUGCUCUUAACUUAAUUUUAUCCAUUAAAAAGAAUUUCCCAAAUGUGACAUUCUCUGUGGAUGGAGGGGAUAGGAAAAUUGUUAUAUGGAAUCAGUGUGACAGUUCAUAAAUUACUGUCAGUCUGUUCUGAACCCUUUCUCAGCACUGCAUUGCUCUAUUCUUUUUCUUUUUCCCCUUUUAACAGUUCCUAUGUUUUGUAGUUGAAGUGACUUGAAGAGCUUUGAGUGUCAGCUAAGGAACCAGCUGGACCCACCUCUCCAGGAAAUGUAAAGUUCAUGGGUUGAAUCCAGAUUUAAGUUUGUGCAAAGGGGUUGGUGGGAGUGGACUUCCCUGUUCUACCUCCUAACACAGAGGACUGGGAGAUCCUGUUAAGUGGAGUAGGCUGUGGUGUGGAGAGCAGAGGGAAAAGGGGGAUCCCUCCAAAUUGGAAGAAUUGCCUCUGUGAGCAGAAUUCUACUUCUGCCCAUCCUGUUGCAGAUACCUAAAUCUGAAUCCAAUCCCUUCUUUAGACCACUCCCAGUCCUUUACUCUAGUUGAAUUUCUAUUCCCAUAGCGCAAAACAAGGCUUCUCUAACUUCAUUUUACAAUAAAUGUUAAUUUUUGUGCGAGAAAGAGUAUCUUUGUUCCAUCUAACUAAAAAUAAUUUCUGAAGCCUUCUUAACUGUAAUCGGUUGAUCUAAUGGUAAAAACAACAUUAGGAUACACUACAUUUUAUUACUGCUCACCUUGCUCAGUACUGAGGCAUUUUCACUUGGUGUGCCAAUGCUUAACAGUAGAGAUGAGUGAGGGUGUUCUUGCCCAAUGUAAAAAUAAAUUGGGAGAAACCAGCAAACUUUUAAGGAUCUAAAUAGUAGGCAUGGCACUCAAAGCUUAGAGGUGAGUGGUUUCCAGCACUAGAGGGAGUUUUAUUUUCAGCCUCUCCCUUCUCUAUAAGGCCUUAGUUUGAUUUUAGAAAGCAGUAAAAUAAACUAUGCAUAUAGCUAGAUUUCACAUUCAGUAUUAUGUAUACUUUCCCCCUGAUAAUGUAACAUCUACCCAAAGAAACAUGACAAUAUCCCUUUGAAUGUGUAUACUACAGGAAUAUUUUUGUAACAUGGAAAUUAAACUCUAGAUAAAAAUCUGAAAUGCUUUCAGUAGUACAAAGCUAAUGUCACGAGAGGCUUCAUGGGAUACUAAAAUCUGAUGGUGUUAUGCAUUGAAUAUGCAGACAUAAAAAGUAACAGGGUGAAGUUUUCCUCUUUUUACCACCACCAAAUGGAAAUUAGUAAAUCUGCAAGUGAAUAAAUACCUCACCUGUACAGAGAGCAAUGUCAGACAGCUAACUAGAUCUCCCUCUAGGCAGAAUCUCCUUUAAAUGUAAGUUGCAUUGGGAUCCGAAUAUUUUUCUGCUGCCUCUUGCACCCUCCAGUGUUGGACCUUCUGUGGAUUGAAGAAUUCAGAAGAUGCCCUGAUGUGGCAACUGGUGCACUUCUUUACUUGCAAUCUCAGUGUUGGCAAUAGAUUUAAAUAGUUUUAAAAGUAUUUCGACUGCUAGCUAGCAAAAAGUCCAUUACAUUUACUUUACUUAAAUAAGAUUAUCUUCACUUUCUCAGAAGCUGCUGAGCAGUGUUACAUUGUUAGCAUUAUAAACUAGCUCCCCCCAAUCAAUAUUUUUUACCACACUCAGUACCUGGAUAUUACAUAUAAUGGUUAACUUAAUGUUAGUAUUUUCUAGGUAAUCAGAUGAUUUCUAUUGUUUGGCAUCUGUGUGGUUAUAAAUGUGGAGUGUUAAGCUGAAAUAAUUCAUUUCAGAACACAAGCAUAAGAUACUUUUCCUAAUAAAAUUCAUCAACAGUAGAACUUCCAAAUUUAAAAGCUAACAAUUCUAUUGUAGUACAAACCCUGCUGAAUAUAGUAUCUGUGAUUGUGUUCUCUUUUUAACAUUUGGUGGAAAAAUCAGCUUUUAAGAGCUGGCCAACUAUACAAAAUGAGGAGCAAAGAAACUUCCACAAGGUUAGCUCACUAUUUGAUAAAACUGACACAUGAAUACUUAUACACAAUCAAUCACAAUAGUUUUUGUGUGGCCUUCUUUAAUGUAACAAGUUUUCUUAUCAAGUAGUGGUGCUGUAAUAAACCAUACUUCGCAAACUCACCUGAAGCAGUAAUUCUGUUCUGUGUAUAGCUUGGUUCCACAAUAUAUAGGCUUACUUGCUAGUUACUACCUGAAUAUUUCUAAAACUAGGGGAAAGCCUGUGGCUUCAUGUGGGGAAGAGUACUCCCUUAAAGUAAAUUCAUGUGAUAUGUACUCCAUGCAAUGAACAUAAAUAGCUUCUCCAAGUGAUGAGGGGUAUGAGUAGCCAAGCACAGCUACUUAGAGACUGGUGCCAACUCCUUUUGGUUUUGCUUUUUAGGGAGAUGUGUUCUGUUGAGGUGAAGGGAUACUAGAUUCUAAAGAAAUGAUUUUAUCUUUUCCUCCUCUCUCAAACUGAAUCUGAACACAAUAUUUGAAUUAACUUUUUUUGUAAUAAUCUCAGGACCUGAAAGAUUGUAGCAUAGUGUGUCUUAAAUAAUGUAUUGUACCAGCCAUGAAUUUUGUAAAUACCCGUCACCCUCCUUUUUGUAUUUUUUUUAAGUAUGUGGGGCUCCUUACCACAAGAAUUGGUGCCUGCUUACUUUCUAUGUAAAACUGGAGUAGGAAAAAGGGAAAGCUGCUGCCACAAAAAGCCUGCACCAGUUCUAAAUGUGCAUUCAGGCUUGUUCCAUUUUAAAAAUGCAACUGAAUUAGCUGGGAAGCAAAUACUUUCCCUCCUAGCACACUUUUUCAUGGGUUAGACCUGAAGAAUAAAAUAGUAAGUAACAUGUAUUUGUUCUAAAAUCUCAUUGCUUGAGAUGUCUAGAAGAGAGUGAUUUUACUUCAAGGACCUACCUGCCUCUAGGGUCCAGAAAUUACUCUCUCCCAGUUUCACUCUUCCAAACAGGGUGCAGAUUAUUUUUGGUGGGGGCAACAGGCUUCCUCUGAGAACCCAUCUGUAGCUAGCUAGCAGAUAUCUAAUCUGAAGUGGGAGCCUUGUUCAAUUGAGUGUAGAUGUACCUGUCUUUAAGCAUGGCAGGGCCUUCAUGAGUGUUUUUCUUUUGUAUGUGUCAUGUGUCUGUGCUGUAUUAAAUAAAAGAGGAAUGUACAUAUAA